CCAGCGCAAAGAGGAAGUGUGUCGGGCGAGCAGCUUUCCUUUUCAAAUUGCCCAUCUCCUCGGACUGGCGUGGAGAAGCUCGGGUUCAGACAGCCAAAGAGAUUAGGGGAACGAUGGGAUUUGGUCAAGGAAAGUGUGAAAUCCUGGCACCAUCAUGUGUGUGAAGCAUGAGCUCCAUGGCCUCUUGGGAUUUGUCUAGGAACACGGAGAGCAUGGAGGCCACAGGGGGCAGCGCUUCCGCCGCUGUGGAGUCCGACAUUUACCGCAGCCUCCAGGCGGUCCUCCGAGAGCUGGACUGCCAACAUCCCGCCUCCGUGUCAAACAAAGGGAUGUUGAGAUGGACUCUGCACAAGAAGGUCCAGAAUAGCCCUUCCAACUGCAUCUCCCUGGUGAAAAUAGCGGUGAAGGAACUGGAGAGAGCAGAGAGGGUGGACUGUAAAUUAUACAUCAUUCCCCUGCUGCAUACACUCAUCUACGCGGUUAUACAGGCGGCCUAUAUCCCGGAUGACCUGUAUAAGAGGGUGUAUGACUUCUGCAAGAGGCUGCUGACUCUGCCGCAGCCAUACUGCACCGUGGGCCUCAGCUACGCCUGGCGCAUGAAGAAGGAACGCGUCGCUCCAGGUGCUUCAUACCAACGGAUGGUUCUGGCAGAGCAGAGACUGAAGAGCGAAUAUUAUCCCCUCCAAGAGAAGCUAUUUGUGUUCGCGGACCCCAGCGUGCUCUCGGGCCCUCUGGGGGCCGCCGUCAAGGAGGACAUGGAGGUGGCGGGGUCGUACAUUAGCCCCCUGGGCCACAUGUGCAGCGUGGUGCAGCACACCCUGCAGGCAGGCCUGGGGGAGGACUGCCACGGACCCACGCUGGUGCAGGCACUUAAGGACUUAGGCCAAGAUGUUGAGCCUUACUUCCAGGAAGUGGUGGCGACGGUGGAGGCGAAUGCUGAGGAAGCAGGGGCGGAGCUUAGCCGCUGCACAUCGAGGCUGAGGCAGCUCUACUGCGAGAUCCUCACGGCAACCAGCCAAGAUCCGUUGGCCCGUGGCUCCGUGUGUGACACCCCACUUCCCAAUCCGGAGAUCAGCUUCCACUUUUGGAGGGAGGAGGAGGAUUUGUGGCGUGAGCUGGUGAAGUUCAUCCGGCCCGGGUCCAGCGACCGCUGCUCGCUCUACCAGGACGACUUCGAGAUGGCCGACCUGCCCUCCGACCUCAGCCCUGAGAUGCCGCGGCACUCCAUCAUGUCGACGGACAGCGGGAUCGAGAGGGACCUGCCGGCCAGCGAGCUGCCCGGCGCGGGGCUGGAGCCCCCUGCUGGCGGCGGGGAGCAGGACUCCGUGCGGCUGACUCGCCGCGGCGGGUUUAAGAUGAAGCCCUCGGUUUCGGACAACAUCGCCCUCAUGCAGGACUCUCUGGAGGAGCUGGGGGCGGGCGGGACGCUGCAGAGGAAAGCGGGGAACAGCAGCACCCCCUUCCCCAAACAGCAGCGCCACUUCACCGCACGCAUCCUGGUCAUGGGCGAUGACCGGGUUCUGGGGAGACUAGCCAAGGCCUACUAUUCUCUCAGGAAGAGAGAGGCACGGCGUCUCUUUCUGACGAUGAAAGUGAACCUGCAGAUGUACUACGUCCCUGUGUCAGAUGAGCCCGCUGUGACCUCGCCGGUCAAAGAAAACAUUUCACCAGGAAAGACCGAUCUCUGCGCCCUGGCCGCAUACUUAGGGAGGGUGGACCCAUGGUACGAAUGCAACAUUAACAGCCUGGGAUGCAUGAUCCCCAAGUUGGCGAAAAUGCAGUCCUCCUCCAGCAGAACGUCAGAGUCCAGCUCCUUCCUGAAGGACGUCGUCUCUUACUACACUCGCACCGCCGUGCAGCCGGUCUACUUCUCCAUCUACUCUGUCAAGCUGACAUUCUCCUGCUUGACCAAGGAGCCAGUGGAGGAUGUCUUCGUGUCCCACCUGGAGGUGGCCUUCCCAGAGUUCCAGCUGUUCACAGCUGCACUGAAAGAUGCGCCCGUUCGACAUAAGAAGUCCGUGGCAGAAAUAUGCGGAGCAGUCGUUUCCAUAAACUACAGAACGGUCUCUUUAAGCAAUAGAGAAGUUGAUAAGGCAAUUACACUAAGGACAACUGGGGUACACAUCAAUGCUGUUCCCUCUAAUGAAGCAGAAGAUUUUGAUUGUCUUACUGUAACUUGCGAUUGUCCAAAACCCAAACUUGGCAUGGCACCAAAGCUUAGAACCUGCAACAUCAAAAUCAGAACCCUUGAAAACCGGACCUUCACUGUAUAUCUUGACAAAGACUCUCGCAGGACGUUUAAAGAUGUUCAGAGUGUUGAAGUGUGCCCUUGCCUGGAUCCUGGGUACUGCAUUCAGAAGACGGCAAAGUCCAAGUUCAGUCUCCAGGAGGACACAGGGCUGAGCAAGUACAUCAGCAAGGGCCUACCUCUGCCAAUCAACACCUUCGCUGGCAUCAUCCACUGACUGGAAGGGGGGGUUGAGCAUGACUCAUGUGGAGAAACUGACACGCAGCUUUACGUGGUUGCCGUAGAUGUGUGAUGUUGUCACCUCUCCUUAGUGACGCACGCAUUCAAUAGGGUUCACUGACAGUGUCAGCUGUGGCUGCCGAUGAACUGUCCAGAAGUGAGCACAUGGGAGGAGGAGCAAGCUGGCUGCUGUAGGUAAUUGAUACCUGAUCCAUUCCUGACAACAUACUCAACUGAUUGCACCAAGUGUCUUAAUAUAUAAAUGCAAUCCGUUAUGCUGAAUAGAUACACCGGUGCACUAUUGACUGUACUGUUGAAAUCUGGCUCGCGUUGGGACGGAGGUGAUAUUUAUGUGGUGAAGCUGCUGAACACACAAGCCUGUCCCCCCCUGGAGAGAAUGGGCCUGGUGCAGAGCCAAUGCCUCGGGCCAUCAGUGUAACGGAAAGCAGAGAGGCAGGGGUUUCCAUUCACAAUGCGUCUGGUGUGGCUAAACCAAAGCCUCCAGGGGCUGGAAGGGACCAGGACACUGAAGCCACCAUUUUACUUUGUUAUUCGCCACUUCACAUCUAGGAUCUGUCCCCAUUUGGUUUCAAGAUUAAUUGGUUGAAGGGGGUUUCAUUUGGACUGCAAUAUCAUGCUGAAGGACUACUGUAAUAGGUUUGAAGAACUUGAGUGAUUUGCCUUUAUAAAUAAUGCAAAUCCCUCCUCUUUCAGUCAAUAACAGACCCCUGCCAAAGCUUUGCAUUAGUGCUGAGAAAUGCCGAAUCCGUUGAAUGAAAAGAUGGCCGUCUUAUCACUUACAGUAUGUUUAUCAUAAUCUGUAAAAACACCUUGUGGGUUUACCAAUGUUAGGUUUGCAUGAGGGGAAUAUUUCACUGCAUCCAAUUAUUGAGUCACAGCUUCCCUGUAACCCUGGGAAUAGAUGAAAACAUUGAAAAUGUGAUUUCACAACUACAACUGUGCAUUAUGGGUUGAAAAAAUUACCAAAUUCUGAGGCAUUUCUUCACGGUUUUGUCAAUUCACGGUACGCUGGGAUUUGUAGUUAACAAACCUCCAAGGUGGCAAUGGCAUUGCUGACAGGCCACCAUGAUACAAACUGCUCAUUUGUAGAGACAGGGCUGAAUGGCUCCCCUGAGGCGGACAGGGUUGGUGUGUGUCAUGUCCUUACCCAAGCCCCAGAGGAGUCAGCACUGCACUGUGAGUUUUUGCACAAAUGUGUUUGUGUCAGUAUGACACACAGAAGUUAGUCUGGUUUAUGUUUUUGUGUGUGGAGUGCUUUCCGUGAGCCGAAUCGAUGGUGUGUAGAAAGCAAAUUGGGAAAUGACCCGUUACCUGGUGCAGUAGUUUCUCUGUACUGAACACAGCCUGUGCUCCCACUGAUGUCUUUGGCCUUUCACUUUAUACGCUAAUGAGAAGUUCAGUUCUUGGAGCACUGUACUGUCAGAACAGUUUUAAAAUGACUCUACACUCUUUUUGGGAUCGUGUAGGUUACUUUUGCCUUCAGUAGUAGGACCUUGAGAAAGUGUUAUAGGUUUGUCUAAUGGUAUAGAGUCCGGUUUGGGUAUUUUUAAAAGGACUUUUCUCAUAGUUGGUGUUUUUACCAGUUUGGCUACACAGCAUUAAAAGGGCUAGAUGCUGCUUGGAUUUGGCUAUGCUGUGAGUAUUCUGUUAGCUGGGAGGCUGAAAGACUUUUAGUGACAAACACCAAAACCCAUUGACCUCUGACCACAUAAAUCAUUCUCAUUUAAAACAUGUUUUCUCAAAACUAUGUUUUUUGAUUAAUGAGGAAACUGUUUUUUUAAUACUUAAUAUGAAAUCCGAUUCACAAUAAUUAAGCUUAAAAUAUGUUCAUAGAUGAAGUAUGGCUGAGACUCAGUCAACAUGUGCUUAACUUUGAGUCAGUUUCGAAGUUAGUUUGGAGCAAUCGACAUAAUUAACUUGUUUUAACCUUUUAAAUGUUUGUCAAUAAUAUAAUUACACUGGCCAUUACCUGUGAGCCAAAGUUUAGUGCCCAUGUUCACUGAGUCCAGGCCUGACAGUUAGGGGAUGGAGAAUGGAUUUGAAUUAAUUCACAUUCAGCAUUUGCACACUAUUUUAUUCAUGUUGUCUCAAUUUGUGGUAUGUAUGACUGAUGUACUGUAUUGAAUGUAAAUGUAAAUUAAUCGUUUUGAUUGUGUUCAAUGUAUAAUUGUUUUAAUUAUUGUUCAUAAUGUAUAUUUAUAAAUGGAGUAAAUGUAUAGAACAUUUUAUAAAUUUUUCAGUGCUC